AUGAGUCGCAACAGGCUUUCUAGUCAGAGGUUUCACAAUGGUGAUGAGCGAAGAAGUUUCAACGUUCAGGUCACACUCACCGAUCAAAUCCUACUUCAGAUUGGAGGGUGCGAUUUUUUUUCAGUUUUUGUGGAUAAUAUUAGCAGGAGGAUUACGAGGGCAAAUCUUUGGAAGGAGUUCAGUGUAUUCGGAGUGGUCGUGGAUGUUUUUCUCUCAACCAGAAGAAGGAACGAUGACGCAACCACCUUCGCUUUCGUUAGAUUCAGAGCGACUCAGGUUCAGAAAGGGAGUAGAGUGCAGGAGACUAAGCGAGUUGUUCCACAGUUCAAAGCUCCAAGGCCGAAGAUUGCAGUUUUAGAAACGAGAAAGGACAAUCGAUCGUUUGCCGGUGUGGUGAAUGGUGAACGUGAUAAGAGCAUUCGGAUUUGGGAUGGGGAUAAAAAGGAAGGGAGGAAUGAAAUUGGUAGAGACCGAGCCUCAACCAAUUUGACAAAGGAGCAUAAGGAAUGCGCUGUCAGUUUUGUGAAGGAAAGUACAGAUAUGAAGAUGGUAGAGUCAGUGGUGAUUGAAGCCGAUAAUCUUAUUCCUGAAAGCGAUAUGGAAUGGAUUUCAAGAAGUGCAAUUGGGCUUUUGAGAAGCUAUAUUCAUCAUAAGUCGGUACAAGAUUCCUGUGAUCAGGGAGGAAUUUCUUGUUAUGUGAGGCCUUUAGGGGGUUCUUUAGUCUUACUCACUUUUGAAGAUAAAGAAGUUAUGGAAUUUUAUUUAAACAAUCAUGAGUCAUGGUUUCAAGUUUGGUUUUCAUCAAUUAAACCGUGUGAAGGUUCUAUCCGCUGUCAGGAUAGAUUGGUAUGGAUUACUCUUGAAGCUGUCCCAAUUCAGUUGUGGCAUGAAUCCUUUUUUUCAAAAAUUGGAAAUACGUGGGGAAAGUUUAUCACAGUCGACGAUAGCCCGUAUAAGAGAUGCCGCUUCGACGUGGCUAGGAUACUAGUCUCAAUUGGUAGUGGAGUCUCUCUACCAUCAAAGGUGGAUGUUUUAAUCCAAGGAGAAAAGGUGGUCAUUCCAAUGGUUUUUGAACCAGCAGUGGAUUUUGUUAGAUUAGACUCUAACUGGAAAUUUACCGGUAAAAAGAAACAACUGGUUGAUGAGGCCGAUGAGGAAGAUUCAAAUUCUAGCGAUGCUCUAUCUUCCAGUAAGGGGAUUUUCGAGGACUCUUGCAUGCAAAGGUCAUUUAGUAAACUCGAGGAGGGCGGUGGUAGUAGGUCAAAAUUUAAUGAAGUGGAGGCUUCAUUUAUUAAUUGGUCUCAACCCCUAGAGAAUUAUGUUGAAGAAGGACAAAAGCUAUUAGGUUGUGAGCAGAGUGGUGGGUUGAAUCUAGAAAUGAAGGAUGGGGAACAAGAGAUUAAUGGGGAGGAUACAAUUUUUGAUAGGCCAACGGAUAAUGGGCCUAUAAUUGUGAGCUCAUCCAGUGAUGAAAGGAUUAUGCAAAUUGAGGCUAGUAAAGAGAAUUUUAAUAGGGAGAUAGUUUUGUUUAACGGGUCAGUAGCAAGGGUUGGAGGUCCUAAAGACGAAAAGAAGAAAGGUCGUCUUAAGGUGAGAGGAAGGCGUCGCAAUAGGAAGAAAACAGCAGAGUUCUGUAAUGGAGCAAAGAAGGGUGAUGGCAAUGACGAUGCGGAGAGGAAGUUGUUUUGGGAGGAACUUUUGGAACUUAAGAUGAAUUAUAAUUUUCCUUGGGUCUUGGGAGGAGAAUUUAAUGUUACAAGAAGUCCAGAAGAGAAAAGAGGAGCCACCAGAAAUGUCAAUGCGAUGUUGGAUUUUUCAGAGUUUAUUGAUAAUGCCGAGUUGGUAGACUUGCCUAUGCUCGGUGGAAAGUUUACAUGGUCAAGUAAGCGUGAUACUCCUUCAAUGAGUAGACUUGAUCGUGUUCUGUUUGAUGUUUGCUUUUUGAAUUUAUUCUCUUGCUUACAUCAGAGGUGCCUGCCAAGGUCUUUAUCUGAUCAUAAUCCAGUCAUUGUGGAAUCUUCAGAAGUCGAUUGGGGGCCAAAGCCAUUCAAAUUUUGUAAUCACUGGUUGGACCAUUGCAGUUUCAAGGAUCUUGUUAACAACUCUUGGCAUUCUUUACCCUACGAACUGGAGGCUGGUUCUGCAAUUUGGAGCAAGUUGAAAAAAUUCAAGCCUAUCAUUAAACAGUGGCAACAACAGGUUUGCAAUAUUGAUCCUAUGGAGAUUCAAAAGCUGGAAGAAGAGAUUGAUGAAUUGGAGAAGCUUGAUCCUGUAGUUAAAAGAGAUCUAUCCAGCAAAAGAGCCAAUUUGUGGUCUCUUUAUAGAGCGGAGGAGAGAGCAUGGCAUCAAAAAUCGAGAGCUAAGUGGAUAAAGGAAGGUGAUAGGAACACCAAAUAUUUCCACAUGGUGGCUUCAGCUAGGAGGAGUGCCAACUUCAUCAACAACAUCAAUCAUAACGGUAUGACGUUAUCCCAUCCUAAAGAGAUGAAAAAGGCUGUGGCUGACCGCUUUGAGUCCUUCUAUAACUCUAGUACAACUUUAGAGUUGGAUGAUUUGGAUUGUGACUUUAAGAAAUUAAAUCUGGACCAAGUUGAUUUCUUGGAGAGCCCUUUUACCGAAAAAGAAGUUUGGGAGGCUAUUGAUUCUUGUGAUGGCAAUAAAUCUCCAGGUCCUGAUGGCUUUAAUUUGAAUUUUUUUAAGAGUUACUGGAGAGCAGUAAAAGAGGAAGUGAUGAUUUUUAUGGAGGACUUUCAUCGCACAGGAUCCUUUGAUAGGCGCAUUAAUUCUUCAUUCAUCACACUUAUUCCAAAAUGUAGUGGAGCAUCUUCUCUGAAAGAUUACAGACCAAUUUGCUUAGUGGGAAGCAUCUACAAGAUUUUGGCAAAGGUCCUUGCUAACCGUAUUCGAAGAGUCAUUGAGGACGUGGUUAGUCAUAAUCAAUUUGCCUUCAUAAAAGGUAGGCAAAUUUUGGAUGCAGUUCUUAUAGCUAAUGAGGUGGUAGAUUUUCUUAAAGUGGUGGAAAAAAGGAAGCUCCAUUUAGUCGACUGGCAAACGCUCACAACUCCCAAAAGUCAAGGUGGGCUCGGAAUUUCCAAGCUUGAAGUUAGAAAUGGAGCUCUUCUUACCAAAUGGAUUUGGAGAUUUGGCAACGAAAAAGAUAGUUACUGGAGAUCAGUCGUCGUUGCUCGUCAUAAUUGGCCAAAUGAUUGUAUUUUUCCCCUACUUGAAACUAGCCGAAAAUCCUCUUUGGUUUGGAAAAAUAUCGCUUCCCCCCUUGAAAGCUCUAACCGAUUUCAUGAUGUUUUGGUUUCUGGCUUUGGUUUGUUGAUUGGAAACGGAAAGCGCAUCUCCUUUUGGAGGGAGGAAUGGAUUCCGGGUGUUAUUCUUAAGCAAGAUUAUCCAAGGAUUUUUGCCUUGGUUGUUAACAAAACGGGAAAGGUCGAGGAGUUUGGAAAUUGGUCUAGAGGGAUGUGGAAUUGGAACAUUGUUUUGAGGAGGUCUGUUUUUGAUUGGGAACGGGAUCAAUGGGACAAAUUUCUUACAGUCAUCCAUGGAACUUUUAUUAGUGAGGAUGAUCCUGACAAGUUAAUUUGGAAGAAUGCAGCUAGUGAUUUACUUGAGCUUAUAAAAAUAAGAUUAGCUCGUUGGAGUAAAGCUAAGUGGCCCGGUAUGCAGUAUACCGUUGAUAAUUUUGUCAGAGAGCCUCAAUUUGUUUCAGCCCCUGUGGCUAAAAAGAAGAGUUGUUUUUCUUCAAUGUGGAGUAAGCCUCUUAAAGGGUGCUUAAAAUUUAAUGUGGAUGGGUCAGCCUAUGGAAAACCUGGGCCUGCAGGUAUCGGGGGUAUACUUAGAGAUGAGGCAGGUAAUUCUCUUGUGGUCUUUUCUAAAUCUAUUGGUGUUGCAGACUCCAACUAUGCUGAAUUUGUUGCAAUAAGGGAGGCCUUCAUCAUUUUUAGUGCUUCUAAGUGGUGCGACUCUCACUUUCUCAUUGUGGAGAGCGACUCUGAAAAUGCAGUGACAUGA